AUGAGUAAGUAUCAAGGCAAUAACAUUUAGUUUUUAUCUCUGAUGAUCAUGCAUUUUUUAAAGUUUAUCCCUUAUGUAACUGUGUGGCUAAAAAAGCCACUUGGGGCAAAAUUUAGCCACUAAUUUCCAUGUAACUUUUUUUUUACUGCAGCAAAUGGGAUGAUUUUUUGGGCAGAUGCCUAUAUUGAUGAACACUUUGAAAAUAUGACUUCAAAAUUUUCACCAGGUCAAAAAUACGGGCUGGGCAAAUUUUCUAUCCUUUGUUUACGCUCAGUGGCUAAAAAAGCCACUAACUUUGACUGCUGUAAAAACAUAUUGGGUUAAUAUUUUUUUUUCCAUUUUUUUCAUAUAUCUCUUAAGUAACUUCUGCUUUGAUCAAAACUAGUAAAUGUUUCAUCUAAAAGCAUUUUUUUAAAACCCUUUGAGGGUCCAUUCAAAGCAUAAUGUCACUGAUAUGGUAGAAAAAUACACAAAAAUGACCUAUUCAACUAUGCAUAUCCUUGGUCUUAAAACCUUGAUCUUUAAAUUAUUGAGGUAGUUCUAUAUUUAAUUGGCCUUGGUGUCUCAGCACAUACAGGAUAUUUUUGUCACAGCAGCCCAGCUUUCCUUUGUUGUCUUGUGUAGUAAAAGCAAAAGGGGAAUAGAUGUUCAAUUUGGUUCACCAUUGUAGUUAAAACUAUAUUCUCUGUUUUUUGCAGGCCCAGUGGCAUCUGCUUCAUCAUGUGGACAAGCUAAAAGAUCAUCACAAUGUCUGUGAACAGUGAUUUGAGAAAGCACAGGCUGAAAAGAUGCAAACGGAGAGGCAGAGCACAUUCGGUCCUGAAGGCUUGAACGAACUGGUAAGUUUGAAAAGGGGGUGUGUGAUAAUUUUUCAUUUAAUUGUCAGAUCAUAAGCUUGAUUUUAUCAUGGUUUUUUAAAUAGAAAAAAAAAUUGCAGUUAUCCAAAAUUAGUAAAUGUAAAAAUAACUCAGAAUAGGAUCAGAUUAUUAGAUCAAUGGUGAUGUGGCAUAUCUUGACUGUGUAUAAACAUAUCUUUAAAUUUACUGUAGCAUCCUGGUUGAUUUAUGGUCUGAUUCUCCAACUGAUGUUUCACAAAGUUUUAUUUUUAAAAUGGUUCCUUUAAACUUCCAUCUUUGAACUUCCAUUAAAGAGUGUGAACACACCGUAAGCGCUAGCGAAAAAACAAUAGGAACAAUAUUAAUACACUUUCUGUAGCAGAAAAUCGUUUAAUUUAAAUUAUAUAUUUUAUACACCUUCAAGAACAAUGAAAUCAACUUUCUUGUUUUUAGCAAAUUGACAAUCUUUAGAGUGCUUUAACUAGUUGGGUUCAACUUAAAGUAACACAUGUAAUCGCCUGUUUUAUAAACCAGAUAACAUCUAAUACAUUUUUGGAUAUCAUUUUAAUGCAGCAAUAGAGCUUUAUGAUAAAUAUAAUACAUGUCGAAUUAAAAUAUGCAUAGGGCUACAUGCUAUGAACUCCAUGAAUAACAUCUGUGUUAACUGUAACCAUUAUCGUAACUGUAGCAUCUUUACUAGUACUCGGCAACACGAAACUCGAUCAAAUUUCAUAAAAACUUUUAAAAAGGCACUUCAUAUUAAUUUGUGUGAGAAAAGAAGCAUAUUCGAAUGUUGUGCCUCUAUCAUCCAGGUACUUUAAACAACUUAAGAGAUCCUUAUUGACGAUUGUGAUCCUGACUUUUCAUAUCUUUUACUGUUCAUUGACUUCUAACUUCUGGUGAAAAUUCUUUCAAAAUAAGGGUAUCGGUCUCUGUUAUAUUACUCACAGGAAAUAAAAUAAUAGCAAAUAGGGAUUUUAGCUUCAAAAUAAGACUGCUGAUACAAACACAUAAUGUGGUUCAUUUACAUUUAGAAUAGCAUAAAAAGUUUAAUACUUUUUGUCACUUAUUUCAGAAAAUGAAACCUAGUCCCUUUUCUCUUUUUUCCUUUCCAUGACCCAGGUUCGCUGUACACUGCUCAGAAUCAAGUCACACACCCUAAAUUUAACCUUUAGUGUGAGUGUUUAAACUAACUGAAUUCAUUUGCAUGAAUGGUCUAUCAUAGGUGAUGUAGCUGGUUACUGAAAAUCCUAUCAUUUAAAUCAGAGUAGAUGAUAUUGGUAAAGAUGAGUAUCAAGGCAAUAACGUUUAGUUUUUAUCUCUGAUGACCGUGCAUUUUUUAAAGUUUAUCCCUAAUGUAACGGUGUGGCUAAAAAAAGCCACUUGGGGCAAAAUUUAGACUUAAAAACAGGAAACUGGACUGUGUAGAAUUGAGAAGGCGUUUUGCCUCUUAUCCAAGAAGCUUCUUCAGUUCUAAAAUUGCGAGUGUGAGGAGCAGAUAUUUAUCUUACUGGAGAAGGGAACAGACAACGACUGGGAGGAGUUGGAAAGAAUGGGUCGUAGAAACCCAUCUCUGAGUGUCUCUCUUUCCAACCUUGCUUACCUAACCUGGAAGUUGUGUUUGACAAGGACAUGUCCUUGGACAACCACUGUAAACAACCACUGUAAAAUUGCUGUUAUCAUCUGUGGGACAUGGCUAAACACAGGUCCAUGAUCUUAAGACCUGAAAUGGAGAUGAUAAUCGAUGCCUUUGUUUCAUCUUGCAUUGACUAUUGUAAUGCUCUUUUUAUGUUUUAACUAAAAGGUUGUAAAUCACCUUCAAACUGUACUAAAUGUAGCUGCUAGGCUUGUAACUGGAUUGAAGAAAAGGGACCAUAUCACCCCAGUUGAACUGGUAACCAGUUAAUUUUAGGAUUAAUUUCAAGAUUUUAGUUCUUGCUUUUUGAGCUCUCUAUGAUCAAGCUCCCUUAUGCAUCACUGAGCUACUGAGACCCUAUUGCCCCUCACGCUCAUUAAGGUCUGAUGAGACCACAAACUCUUGAUGGUCCCUCGCAGCCGUUUUAAAACAUGAGGUGACUCGCCUUUGGAAUGCACUACCAUUGACCCAAUGUAGCAUUGAGUCUACUGAGGGUAGACAAUAUGUAUUGUGUUUCUCUGUAUUCUAUUGCAUUUUAUCCUUGUUGUAAAGCACUGUUUGAUCUUAUAAUGAAAAGUGCUAUAUAAAUUAAAUGUACCUACUUACUUAUACACAGACUCAUUACAUAUAGAGUGAAAUAUUUCAAGCUUUUAUUUCUUGAAAAUUUUAAGAAUAUGGCUUACAGAUAUUGAAUUCCAAAUAUUUGGUGUCUCUAAAAAUUUGCAUUUUGUAAUAUAUAUAUAUAUAUAUAUAUAUAUAUAUAUAUAUAUAUAUAUAUCCCUCCGGGACUUUCAAAACAACUUCCCUUUAGUGCCCCUCAGUGGACCAAAAAAGCCACUACUUCGUGUGCUGUAAAAUCAUAUUGGAUUAAUAUUUUUUCAGAUUUUUUUUCAUACAUCUCUUAUUUUAAUUCUGCCCUGUUCAAAAGUAGCAAAUGUUUCAUUGAAAAUAAAACUUUUAAGGGCCCAUUUAAGUCAUAAAGUCACUUAUAAAGCAAAAAAAAAAAAAAAAUGGAAGGAAAAUGAAAGGAAAAUGACCUUUUUUUUUUAUAAAACAAUCAGAAACUGGUGAUUUUUUACAUGGUGCAUAGUCUUGGGCAUGUGGAGGAUUAGAAACAGCAGAAUGUUCCGUACAUUUUUGUGUAACAUCAGAUUUUCAUAAGAACUGCAUUGAUGAAGUGAUUCUAUAAGUGCAUUCUCUUUCACUAACAGCAGGUGGUAGUCAUGUGCGAGACAGAAUUCAGUGCGUGUGUGUGUGUUUGUGUGCACGUACAUGCAUGUGUGUGCAUAUGUGUGUGUGUGUGUGUAACAAACAAUAUAACAUUCGAACACAACCAUAUUUUAUUGCUCAAAAUACAUCAACAAAAGUAGCAAGUGGUGUGUGUGUGUGUGAGAGAGAGAGAGAGAGAGUGUGUGUGUGUGUGUGUGUGUGUGUGUGUGUGUGUGUGUGUGUGUGUGUGUGUGUGUGUGUGUGUGUGUGUGUGUGUGUGUGUGUGUGUGUGUGUGUGCCUGCGUGCAUGAGAGAGCUGGGUCAGACUGACCCUGCACUGACCUGGCCAAAAAACAAAACAUGCUCUCAGAACUAGAGUCUUAAACAACGGAUCAAAGGCAAGACAAACCAAACAACUUGUCUGGAGUUGUUUAUGCACCUGCUGUCUGGCCUUUUGAUCUCCGUGGGCUCCACCCACAACUCCACCCCUGGAAGAUUAUCAGAACCUUCAACACUUGUGUGAGCUGUGGGCUACCCAUCUGCAAAGAACACUGAGCAUUUCUGGAUGCAGGACUGGCAGGAGAUUGCCAGUCCUGCAUCCAGAAAUGAACACACACACAUUCUUUCUCUUUUAUCUCUUAUUUUAUCUCCUCAUCUCCUCCUCAUCCUCACAGCCAAAAGGUAGCUAUUGUUCUGCUAAACCCUUGCAGCAUUGAGUUUUUGAAACUUUGGUCAUUUUUUUAUUUCAUUGCAUUUUAGGCAGAAUUAUGGUUGUGAUCAAAUGUUAGAGUGGUUAGUGGUUUUGUUUAUGAAAGCAAGCACAAACACACACACACACACAUGUUCACUCACACACACACACACACACACACACACACCACUUUCUACUUUUGUUGAUGUAUUUUGAGCAAUAAAAUAUGGUUGUGUUCCAAUCUUAUAUUGUUUGUUACACACACACACACACACACACACACACAUACACGUUUGUGUAUGUGUGUGUGUGUGUGUGUGUGUGUGUGUGUGUGUAACACAUGUACGCACGUGCAUGCAAAUGCACGCACAAACACUCACUCACUCACUCACUCACUCACUCACUCACUCACUCACUCACUCACUCACUCACUCACACUUUUACAUUUUAUCUCUCUUUGCUCACUCAAUUUCUCACACAUUCGCUCUCUUGGGCUCCCCAGGUUUCUUUCAGUCCUCUCCACCGCUUCACCCUCAAAAGUUAGUCGUUUGUUCUGGUUUGAUACUCUGUUGUUGUGUAUUUGUGGCUUUUGUUUAAUUGCAUUUUGUGCGAUAAAAUAUGGUUUGGUUCUAAUGUUAAUAUUGGUUUCAUUUUUUCCUAAUAUUAGUGACUGUCUGUUUUAAAUCGGCCCUUAAAGGGUUAAAAUUUUGAUAUUUAAUGACACAUUUACUAGUUUUGAAUAGAGCAGAAGUUAAUUAAGAGAUGUGUGAAAAAAAUCUGGAAAAAAUAUGAAUCCAAUAUGUUUUUACAGCGGUCAAUGUCAGUGAUUUUUUAUAGCCACUGAGCAUUAACAACUGAUCUAAAUCUAACGGUUACACAAGGGUUAUGUAUGCUGUCAAACAAAAUAUAAUAUUGUUGGCUAAUGCUUUUUUAUUAAUCAACAUGUCUGAGAUCAAUUUUUAAAUUGAUUGUAUCUGUGUAAUUGAGUUUGUAAUUAAUCAGUCAUAUCCAUGAUUGACCUUUUAUAUUUAUUCUCAGGUGCUGAGGUGAAAACAGGCUGUGAACUAGCAAAGCCCAAGGUCAUGAAGACAUCUUUGGGCUCUGGAAAUCAAGAGGUACACUACAAUUUAGCAUAAAAUGUGUACAAAUACACACAAGAUCAACUAUGCAUAUCCUUGGUCUUAAAACCUUGAUCUAUAAAUUAUUGAGGUAGUUCUAUAUUUAAUAGGCCUUGGUGUCUCAGCACAUACAGGAUAUUUUUGUCACAGCAGCCCAGCUUUCCUUUGUUGUCUUGUGUAAAAAAAGAAAAAGGGGAAAAGAUGUUCAAUUUGGUUCACCAUUGUAGUUAAAACUAUAUUUUCUGUUUUUUGCAGGCCCAGUGGCGUCUGCUUCGUCAUCUGGACAAGCUAAAAGAUCAUCACAAUGUCUGUGAACGGCGAUUUGAGAAGGCACAGGCUGAAAAGAUGCAAACGGAGAGGCAGAGCACAUUCGGUCCUGAAGGCUUGAACGAACUGGUAAGUUUGAAAAGGGGGUGUGUGAUAUUUUUUCAUUUAAUUGUCAGAUCAUAAGCUUGAUUUUAUUAUGGUUUUUUAAAUAGAAAAAAAAAUUGCAGUUAUCCAAAAUUAGUAAAUGUAAAAAUAACUCAGAAUAGGAUCAGAUUAUUAGAUCAAUGGUUAUGUGGCAUAUCUUGACUGUGUAUCUAUGUAUACAUAUCUUUAAAUUUACUGUAGCAUCCUGGUUGAUUUAUGGUCUGACUCUCCAAAUGAUGUUUCACAAAGUUUUAUUUUUAAAAUGGUUCCUUUAAACUUCCAUCUUUGAACUUCCAUUAAAGAGUGUGAACACACCGCAAGAGCUAGCGAAAAAACAAUAGGAACAAUAUUAAUACACUUUCUGUAACAGAAAAUCGUUUGAUUAAAAUUAUAUAUUUUAUACACCUUCAAGAACAAUGAAAUCAACUUUCUUGUGUUAACUGUGUCAUCUGUGUUAACUGUAACCAUCAUCGUAACUGUAGCAUCUUUACUAGUACUCAGCAACACGAAACUCGAUCAAAUUUCAUAAAAACUCUUAAAAAGGCACUUCAUAUUAAUUUGUGUGAGAAAAGAAGCAUAUGUUGUGCCUCUAUCAACCAGGUACUUUACAACUUAAGAGAUCCUUAUUGACGAUUGUGAUCCUGACUUUUCAUAUCUUUUACUGUUCAUUGAAUUCUAACUUCCGGUGAAAAUUCUUUCAAAAUAAGGGGAUCGGUCUCUGUUAUAUUACUCACAGGAAAUAAAAUAAUAGCAAAUAGGGAUUUUAACUUCAAAAUAAGACUGCUGAUACAAACACAUAAUGUGGUUCAUUUACAUUUAGAAUAGCAUGAAAAAGUUCAAUAUUUUUUGUCACUUAUUUCAGAAAAUGAAACCUAGUCCCUUUUCUCUUUUUUGCUUUCCAUGACCCAGGUUCGCUGUACACUGCUCAGAAUCAAGUCACACACCCUAAAUUUAACCUUUAGUGUGAGUGUUUCAACUAACUGAAUUCAUUUGCAUGAAUGGUCUAUCAUAGGUGAUGUAGCUGGUUACUUAAAAUCCUAUCAUUUAAAUCAGUGUAGAUGAUUUUGGUAAAGAUGAGUAAGUAUCAAGGCAAUAACGUUUAGUUUUUAUCUCUGAUGAUCGUGCAUUUUCUAAAGUUUAUCCCUAAUGUAACGGUGUGGCUAAAAAAAGCCACUUGGGGCAAAAUUUAGCCACUAAUUUCCAUGUAACUUUGUUUUUAACUGCAGCAAAUGGGAUGAUUUUUUGUGCAGAUGCCUAUAUUGAUGGACACUUUGAAAAUAUGACUUCAAAAUUUUCACCAGGUCAAAAAUACGGGCUGGGCAAAUUUUCUAUUCUUUGUUUACACUCAGUGGCUAAAUAAAGCCACUAACUUUGACUGCUGUAAAAAGAUAUUGGGUUAAUAUUUUUUUUCAGUUUUUUUCAUAUAUCUCUUAAGUAACUUCUGCUUUGAUCAAAACUAGUAAAUGUUUCAUAUAAAAACAUUUAUUUAAUCCUUUGAGGGUCCAUUCAAAGCAUAAUGUCACUGACAUGGUAGACAUAUACACAAAAAUGACCUAUUUUCAUCAUAAAGCAUAAUCAGAAACAGGUGAUUUUUUACAUGUUGCAUGGUCUUGGCCUUGUGAAGGAUUAGAAACCUCAGAAACUAUGAUACAUUUUGUGUAAUGUCUAAUUUUCAUAGAAACUUUCACAAAACACUCAUAAAAACACUUGCACUAUUUGUGUCUUUUCUAUACUCGCAUUCUCUUUCGGUACCAGCUUGGUCGUAAUGUGCUGAGCCAGAACUCAGCUCUGUGUGUGUGUGUGUGUGUUCAGUGUUUGAAGCAAGACCUGCAGGAGAUCACUCUGUGUUCAUGCCAGAUGUGUUUCACACACAACUCACAGGUUUUGUUAGUUCUUUUUGACACCAAAGCCGUUCCCAGGUCCUCCACGAAAAGCCUCCUCCUGAAUCACUUUCUCCGGUUCCAGGAGAGAUCCACAUCUCACAGCGAGGCAGUAGAUUCACCCCUCGAACAAAACAGGCCAGACAAUGAUGAUGGAUCCUGUGGGGGGUCAGAUUCCAUCCCAUCAGAAUCAAUGACAAUUGCAAGGGCCUCCGUGGUGCAGAAGCUUCUCUUCAUGCUUUCUCUUGCUCUUCUCAUGAAAAAAAGGUCAUUCGAAUCUGCAAGUUGUGGAUUGCAGGACAGCUCACUUUUGUUUUUUUUGUUUUUUUUUCCCCCUCUCUGUACUUCUGAGAGCUGAAGAACAUAGUUAACUUUUGUGGCGGGGUCAGUGCUGGGUCAUAACCUGCAGGCUCCUCCCUCUCUCUCUCACAUCACACAUGCACACACGCACGCAAGCACACAUCUUUUGCUUCGGAUUUUGUCUGGCCGGAAACACAUCUGGCAUGGGAGAUCUCCUCGGUUUUGUCUGGCCUGUCACUCACUCACCUCACUCACUCACUCACUCACUCACUCACUCAUCACUCACUCACUCACUCACUCACUCACUCACUCAUCUCACCACUCACUCACUCGGUCUUCACCACUUCAAACAUUGAACACACAAACACACUCACUCACUCACUGACUCACUGACUCACUGACUCACUCACUCACUGACUCACUCACUCACUCACUCACUCACUCACUCACUCACUCACUCACACCACCACCACCACCACCACCACCACCACACCACCACCACCACCACCACCACCACCACCACCACCACCACCACCACCACCACCACCACCACCACCACCACCACCACCACUCACUCACUCACUCACUCACUCACUCACUCACUCACUCACUCACUCACUCACUCACUCACUCACUUUUACAUUUUAUCUGUCUUUGCUCACUCAAUUCCUCACACGUUCGCUCUCUUAGGCUCCCCAGGUUUCUUUCAGUCCUCCCCACCGCUUCACCCUCAAAAGUUAGUCGUUUGUUCUGGUUUGAUACUCUGUUGUUGUGUAUUUAUGGCUUUUGUUUUAUUGCAUUUUGAGCGAUAAAAUAUGGUUUGGUUCUAAUGUUAACAUUGGUUACAUUUUUUCAUUUUUUCCUAAUAUUAGUGACUUUAUGUUUUAAAUUGGCCCUUAAAGGGUUAAAAUUUUGAUUUUUUUACAGCGGUUAAUGUCAGUGAUUUUUUUUAGCCACUGAGCAUUAACAACUGAUCUAAAUCUAACGGUUUCACAAGGGUUAUGUAUGCUGUCAAACAAAAUAUAAUAUUGUUGGCUUAUGUUUUUUUAUUAAUCAACAUGUCUGAGAUCAAUUUUUAAAUUGAUUGUAUCUGUGUAAUUGAGUUUGUAAUUAAUCAGUCAUAUCCGUGAUUGACCAUGUAGAUUCUCAUUCAUCCAGGUCAUGGUUAUCUUGAAGACUUAAAACAGGCAACUGGACUGUGUAGAGUUGAGAAGACGUUUCGCCUCGUAUCCAAGAAGCUGUCAAGUGAAGAUGUCAAGGACAAUGUGUUGGCCUUUUUGGACUGUGCUGUACACUUGGAGGCAGAUGGGUGUCUCAACGUUGAAGUGUACAGGAAACCAACACACACGGAUUAAUAUCUACUUUUUGAUUCCCACCAUCCUCUGCAGCACAAACUGGGUGUCAUCAGAACACUCAGCCACCACUGAGUCCACACUCAGAGGGGGUGGACUCAGGCACAAUCUUUCUGGCACUUACAAUGCAGUUCUCAGCUCUCUCCCCAGGAAGCUCCACAAACAUUCACACCUGGAACCACAUGACCCAGGUGGCAUGAGUCAUGUGGUCACAUGACAGGAGUCGCUAACGACCCUUUCAGGUUCACGACUUGGGGGGGACACACACCCAGAGAUGGGUUUCUACGACCCAUUCUUUUCAACUCCACCCAGUAGUUAACUGUCCCCCUUCUCCAGUAAGAUAAAUAUCUGCUCCUGACACUAGCACUUUUAGAACUGAAGAAGCUUCUUGGAUAAGAGGCGAAACGUCUUCUCAACUCUACACAGUCCAGUUGCCUGUUUUAAGUCUUCAAGAUAUCCAUGAUUGACCUUUUAUAUUUAUUCUCAGGUGCUGAGGUGAAAACAGGCUGUGAACUAGCAAAGCCCAAGGUCAUGAAGACAUCUUUGGGCUCUGGAAAUCAAGAGGUACACUACAAUUUAGCAUAAAAUGUGUAUAAAUACACAUUUGAUCAACUAUGCAUAUCCUUGGUCUUAAAACCUUGAUCUUUAAAUUAUUGAGGUAGUUCUAUAUUUAGUAGGCCUUGGUGUCUCAGCACAUACAGGAUAUUUUUGUCACAGCAGCCCAGCUUUCCUUUGUUGUCUUGUGUAAUAAAAGAAAAAGGGGAAUAGAUGUUCAAUUUGGUUCACCAUUGUAGUUAAAACUAUAUUUUCUGUUUUUUGCAGGCCCAGUAG